AAAAUGGUAUCGAUCAAAUGAAGCACAACACUCGAGAGAAGUGGCUGGAACUCAUCGAGAAUUGUGACAAUCUUUCUACUGCCCGGCGCAUUCACUCGGGAGUCCUUGGCCAACACUCGCAUCUUGAUGUUUUCGUGCUCAACAAGCUUGUGGGCAUGUAUGGCAGAUGCGGUAGCCUAGCGCACGCCCGAGAGGUUUUCGAUGCCAUUGCUGCCAAGGACGCCUUCUCCUGGCAACUCCUGCUAUCAGCCUGUGCCCGCAAUGGACCGCUCGGGCAAGCCAGAGAAGUUUUUCUCCAGAUGCCUGACAAAGAUUUGGUAUCCUGGAAUUUGCUGCUGGGAGCAAAUUCUAAACACGGAUCUCCCGAGGAUACCAAGAAGACCUUCGAUUCCAUGCCGCAGUGGGAUUGUUUCUCGUGGACCAUCUUGCUCAAUGUAUAUGCCCAAGCGGGAGAAUUGGAAGACGUUAAGAAGAUCUUUGAUAGCAUUCCAGAUAAAAACAUCUUCAUGUGGCGCACUAUGAUCAAGGCAUUUCAUAAAGCUGGUGAUGCUGUAAACGCGAAGAAGUGUUUCCACCACAUUCCAUUGUAUAACCUUGUAAUCUGGAAUGCGAUGCUUACAGCUCAUGCCCAAACUGGGCAUCUAGUAGAAGCGAGAAAGAUAUACGAGCAGUUUCCGGCAUGGAAUCUUGAGUCCUGGAAUAUAAUCCUGGCCGCGUACGCCAGGAAUGGUGAGCCGAUGGAGGUGCGUGAAGUGUUUGAAUCCAUGGAGCAACGGAAUCUAGUGUCUUGGAACUCCCUUCUUUGGGCAUAUGUCCAAGGCGGGCAUCUAAGAGAGGCCAGGCGAGUGUUCCAAUCAACGCCAGAGAGGGAUCUCAUCUCCUGGAACACGCUGCUCGAUGCGCACUGCCAGCACGCCGGAUCGAUCGACGAGGCGAGGCUGCUGUUCGAUACGAUGCCACAUCGCGACGCGGUGUCAUGGAAUUCAAUCGUCGCGGGGUACGCGCGGGCUGGCAAUCCGGAGGAAGCCAAGCGUCUGUUCGAUAGGGCUCCUCAGCUGGAUCUUAAGAUCUGUACCACGAUGGUAGCGGCGCUGGCAGAGAGCGGCCAGAUCCAAGAAGCCCGGGCGCUCUUCGAUGGGAUCCUCGAGAAGGAUUUGGCGCUCUGGAACGCUCUGCUCGCUGGCUGUUGCCUGCGUUCGCAAUCGCUGGAAAAAGCGCUGGAAAUCUUCGAUGCGAUGCCGCGGGUGAAUCUCUCAUCGUGCUCGUCCCUGCUCUCGUGCUACUCUCGAUUCGGGGAGCUGGAGCGCGUCAAGCAGUUCUUCGAUCGAAUGCCGCAGCAAAAUCUCGUGUCCUGGAGUUGCAUGCUACUCGCGUAUGCGCAGAACGAUCGCCUGGAUCACGCCAGGAGCUUGUUCGAUCAGAUUCCAGAGCGGGACCUCGUGUGCUGGAAUUCGAUCUUGGGAGCGUAUGCCGGCAGUGGCGAUCUGCACGAAUGCCGCAAGAUCUUCCAAGAAAUCCCGGAUCCAAGCGUGGCCUCCUGGACAUCGCUUCUCACCGCCUUCGCGACCCAAGGGCAUCUCGCGGAAGCCAAAGAGCUCUUCGAUCGAUGCCCCAAUCGAGACACGAUCAUCUGGAACGCGCUGCUGGCGGCGUACGCGACCAGCGGGCGACCAGCGGUGGCAAUGGAUCUGUUCACCAAAAUGCCCGAUCAAACGCCCAUCGCUUGGACUUCCUUGCUAGCAGCAUUUGCCGCGAGGGGGCAUCUUUUAAGAUGCGAGGAAUCCUUCGCGGCGAUGAAAACUCUCCACGCCCCUGGGGAGGCGUGCUUCGUGCUGGCCCUGGCGGCGUCUGGUCACGGGGGUCGCGUGUUCGAUUCGCGCCGCCACUUCCAGUCAAUGGUGGCUGACUUUGACCUGGAACCCCGGAAGCAGCACUACAGCUGCAUGGUGGACGCGCUGGCCAGGGCGGGCUACUUGGACGACGCGAUGGAGCUCCUGGAGAAUAUGCCUUACCGCCCGGAUACCGUCGAUUCGAUGUGCUUCCUGGCCGCGUGUAGGAGCCACCAAGGCGACCGCCCCCUUCGUCUUCUCCACGAGGGCGACAAAGAAUCGUCCACUUACGCGCUCCUGGCUAGCAUUUCCAGCUCUAGAGUCACUGCUCCUUGAUAGCAAUCGAUGGUAUUUAUGGAUUAGAGGGACAAGGAUCUCCGAUCCAUGAAUUUGUCUAGAUGAUCAGGG